AUGUUCUACCAAUCUUUGUCAAAUGGGUCGGCAUGUCUCCCCAACAGAACAUCGACCAAUUAUCGAGAUCCGGCUGCUACACGAUUGUUUGCUUAUGUCGUCGAUGUCAUGCCGGUUAUCUUUCGAAAGUUAGCUGAUGUCCAACGCGAGCUGGAAUUGACCGAGCAACACAAAAACGAGCCCCCCCUCAGCAGCCUGCCUGCGGAUCACCCGGUUCGGCGACUUAUCUCGAAAUUGCGCAGAACCAGCAUAAUUUCCGAGGGUCAACAGCAAAAUGCAAGCGCCAUAACGGGCAAACGAAAGCACUCUCAACAAAGAAGCAGUCUCUCAACUGCGAAUGUCUCCCAGGACGAGUGUCUCGACAGUGUUGGCAGCCUAGUCGACGGUUUAACAAGUAAGUCAGACCUCUAUUUAAAAGCUUCUAUGAAGAAAUCGGUCUUUUUUACAAUUCCAUAA